CGCUCUGACCAGUGACUGACGAGAGGCCGACAGCUUUUACGGCGAAAUUACGCUAGUAUUAAACUUUGGCAUUAGAAACAACGUUUGCAGGGAUAACGGUUUAAUGCAAGGAUGGCGAAUCCUGUAGACCCCUUGCAGACGUUGAGCACUGCGUGGAAUGCACCAGCCAACUCGAAGGAACAAGCGGACACACUCGCUGUGCUCCGCGAAUCGCUUGAGGCUCAUCCACAACCCAUACCUGUCCUCUUCAACUCUCUCAUCAAAGCCCUCACCGACUCUGAGGACUCACUCCUCAGACGUUGGGUCCUCGACCUCUUGCACUUUGCCAUCUGUCGCUCUUCGUUGAGUACCGACACGCGCACUAUCUUAUCUUUGAACACCCUCAAUGCUCUCGCUGGUCUUCUUAAUGACUCGAAUCCUGCUACCGUCAAGGUCGUCGUUCAAUGCUUCGCAACUGUCUAUCCACUAGUGUUUCGCUAUUUAUGCGCGAACCGGAAUCAUCCACAAGUAUGGGACGUACUUGUGCACUGCAAGGCCAGGAUAUUGGAGUUUGUGGACUCGCCCUAUGUCGGCAUUGGCAUCAAGCUUUCUGCCAUCAAGUUCAUGCAACGAGUUAUUCUCGUGCAAACAAAAUCCGUUAGCGAUCCAAGAUUGCAAAACAAAAAUGACCCUAACCUGUCCAUGUGUCCCACCGAUCACCCUUUCCUCCAUGUCCCAACCUUGGACGCAGAAGGACUCAAACUCUUAGAGCGUGUCAUCACUAUUCUCUAUACGAACAAGUACGCCAUAUCUCUCAUGCUUUGCUUCCGAUGUCCUCACUUGUCCCUCACGUUUUGUAGUAAUCCAGAAAUCAUCUCCGCGAUUUUGAACAGCUGGGCGUCCCUAGCUAAGCAGCGUCCAGGACUCACAGAACUGGUUAUCUCGACUCUGGAACACUGGACUCCAGCAAAUUUAGCCGGUCAUCCCGCACAUACCGUCAAGAGUGUCGAAAAGUCUGUCCGUAUUCUCCUCUUGCACCUUUCUCGUCUUCAGCUCCCGUCUAAUCUCGCCGGGAAAAUACACCAUGCGUUGGCGGCGCAAGCUACGCGAAUGGAACAAGCUUCUAUUGAAGAAAAACAACGUAAGGCUGCCGAGGCUUCCAGGAAACGACCGCCUUCGGCGGUGCCCACAGAAGAAUCCCCCGAUGCCAAACGGAUGAAAUUGGAAGAGAAUGGGAUGCCUACACCUUCUUCAUACCUAGCUGGAUUCGACUUCGCCACCCUUCCCUCUAAUCUCGUCAUCGACCUUGUGAUUGCCAACCUUCAAGCUUUCUCCGAACCCAGCCUUGCUGGGCUUGUUCAGGCUUACUUGGAUAGGGUAAAGGCUGCGACUGCAGCCGCAGCCGCAGAAAUGCCUCCUGGACUUGUACCACCGCCAGCACCUAUAGCGGCCCCAGUUCCUGCCGCUCCUAUUUCUGCUAUUCCUACCAUUACCCCAUCCGCAAUUGUUCCCACUAUUCCAGUCGCUGUCAGUUCGCAAGCUGGCACCCCCGUUCCUGUCGCACCUCCGACUGCACCAAGAGCAGACCGAGAGAAAGCUGCCCAAGUGACUGAAAUUCAACCCCAUGAAGGGACUCCGGAAGUGAAAGAGGAGCCUGUAGAUCCAUUGAAGAUGGAUAUUGAUGAUGAAGAAGUGGAAUACGCGCCAGAAAAACUUGCUGAGCAAGAGGCUGAGCAAGAAGCUGCCGUGGAGACAGAAGCAGCGCUGGAAAUCUCCAUGGACCUUACGCUCGAUUUGCAAGGGUUCCAUCUCCCGCCACCCAAAGAACUUUCAGAUAAUGACAGAGAAGUGCUCGUUCGGUCAUCCAUGUCUCGAAUAUGGGAGGGCGCAAAGGACCUUGCGCCGCAUGAUUACGAUGUGUCAGCAGAACCUCACGGGUCGUCAGCCACGGAUCUGUGGAUGUUGUUGAUUGUAAGGUUGGUGACACGAGUGGCUGAACCUCCACCUUCCGAUUCUCCGGAUGGUGAGGAAUGGGAUGGGGACAUGACAAAUGGAGAAAUGAUAGGGAGUCUCGCUACCCAUCAAGAUCGGUUGAGGCAGACAUUGUGUGAUUAUAUCAUGUCUGACUUCUCUGGACGGCUCCGACUUGCGACUACGUGGAUGAACGAGGAGUGGUACAAUGAUCAAAUACGAAGUCAAAUUGACAGAGAAUGGCGACCAAAUUAUGAGCCAUGGCUCAAUCAACUCGUAGCCAUGCAUGAAACUCACAUGGAUGUCAAGGAUCGAUCUUUCUCGCGUUUCCUUCUCGAUUUGCCCUCUGUACCACCAGAUCUGCUCAGUUCACUACGGGAAAUGUGUGUUGAGCCUGAUAGGCGAAACGUUGGCUUCACAGCUCUGCGAGAAUUUGUCCAGGAACGACCUUCACUUCGUGGUGAGGCGAUGACCAUGCUACUGGAACUUACGACACAUCCAGACAAGGUCACACGAGUUGCGGCAAUCAACACGGUGAAGCGAUGGACCGAUACUCCUCCUAUGGAUAACAUGAUUCGCGACUUCGCACUACAGCUUCUCAGACGAUUACAGUCUCGACCCUCAGUAAGGAAGUCUUCGGAACCUCGGAUAAAUGGAGACGGUGGCGAUGAAUCUAUGGAAGAUGAGGAAGAUGGACAGCUUCCUCAGGAAGACAUCAUCCAGACACCUUAUCUUCCGGAACAGCUUGACCUACCUGCCAAAGGCGACCAAAUUCUGCAACACCUUGAGCUUAUUUUCGCUCUAUCGACCAAGAUUCCGGAAUUUCUUGAUGAGAUAUUUGCAGCAUAUGGCGGAAUGGAGGAGACCGUUCAAGAGACAAUUCAACGGCUCAUUACACCUCUGAUUCGAGCACUGGGCCCAAGCCAUGGCAAAUUGCUCACUCUCUUGCGAACAUUCCCACCGGGGGCCGACUCAUUGGCUUUGCGUGUACUCACAAUAUUCACUGAGCAUGGCCGACCAAGUGGACAAUUAGUCGCGCUCGUGAAAGCCCUCAUGAGCGAGCGAGAUCUUGACCCGCGGUUCCUCAUCCCCAUCAUCGCGGAGAUGGACAAGCCCGAUAUCCUACGGCACUUACCCAGGAUCGUUUCCAUCCUGAAUGGGAAGCCCGAGCCCAAAGCUUUGGUCCGAUCUGUGUUCGAGUCUAUCGUUACGACACCACCACAAUCAUUUGGUAGUGUCAGCUCGAAUCUGCCACGAGUACGCCAGAGCGAGUUGCUCACUCCUGCGGAACUCAUGGUACUACUACAUAAGUCGGAGUCUGAGAUCGGCCUUAAAGCUGCCAUGGAAGCCAUUGGUAUUUGUUUCUCGAUGACAGACAUAUAUCGCUCAGAGAUCCUUGCUGUUGUCAUGAACCAGCUAGUUGAUAACCCCAUCCUGCCAACUUUGUUCUUGCGCACGGUCAUUCAAGCUGUCACGACUUACCGCACACUUGUUGGCUUCGUCUCCACGACCCUCCUUUCACGACUCAUCACCAAGAAGGUCUGGACCAAACCGCAACUCUGGGAAGGCUUCAUCCGUUGCGCCAAACUUAUCGCACCGGCUUCAUUCGGCGCUUUGCUCCAGCUUCCCAAAGAGCAAUUACGUGAUUUGGUGGACAAGCAGCCCAGUCUGAAGUCCGGUCUGCGAGAAUUUGUAAUGAAGAAGGGGUCUAACAAGGCUCGUGUUGCAGGCCUUUUGGAUAUCAUCGGCGAGGAUGACUCGGCAUCUGCCCACCAAAGUAAAACUGGGUCUCCUGCUCCCAGUGCGGUGGAUAGAACACCCACACGGUCAACACCAGAACCUGCAUCUGCACCAACACUUACAAUGGACAUCUCCCCGGGCACGCCUUCAUAGCAUUGACAUCCAUGAUUUAUAGUUGUAUUUUAGUCUGAUAUUCGCUCGCGUUCUGUAGAGGCGCUCUGAUUCUACUGGCACAAUACAUAUAGCUACUGAAGACUCUAUUGGAAGAAACCUCAUCAGUUUGGUUCUGAUCCGUUGUCAACUUGUUCUUUGGGAAUCAAGAUAGGGGUUUUGGUGGACCUAUAUGUACGAUGUCGCGCGAUCGAGCACAUUCAAGUUAUACUCAUGCUAUCUCGC